AUGGUUCCCGCUCUCGCCAAGGCUCUCGCCUUGGCUCAUGGUUCCCGGACUCCAGCCUCCUUUGUGCGGCAAAGGUUCCCCUGCCGGCCGGCGGACGGCGUGCCGGUGAUCCUGAUGCUGCCGGGCAUCAACAACGACGCCGCCUUCCCGUACGUGCAGCACGUGAUGCGACUCGUCCUCGCAGAAGGGCUCGGCACGCCCGCCGCGGUCAACUGGCGCGGGCUGGGCGGACUCCCCCUCAGCGCGGCGGGCGGAGCGACGCCAAAGGUCUACUGCGGCCUCGGCGCGCCUGAUCUGGCGGAGAUCUUGAGCCACUUGCGGCGGCGGCUGCCCUCGUCCCCCCUCUACGCGGUCGGCUGGUCGAUGGGCGGCUGCAUCCUGGUGCGGCACAUGGCAGAGGCGGGCGAGGGGUGCGAGCUGCGGGCGGCGAUGGCCGUCUCGCCCGCGCUUGACGUGUCUGCGGUGCAGCGGUACUGGCAAGGCGCACACAGCGGGUCCGGCGGCACGCCGGUCGGGCGCCUGUACGGCCUCGCGAUCGGCUUCAAGUUGUGGCUGUACUUUCUUUCCCACCGGAGGGAACUAGCGGGCGGUCCCGUGUGGCGCGCCUUCCUGGGCGUCUUUCGCGGGUACGAGGACGAGGUGUUUGCGCCGCUGUGGGGCCUGUCGGGCCACGAGGAGCCGCUGCUCGUGGUCCACGCGCGCGAUGACCCGGUGGUGCCCGUCUGGUCGCUGCCGCUCGCCGCGAUGGCGUCGAACCCGCACAUCGUGACGGCGAUCACCCGGCACGGAGGGCACAUCGGCUACACGGCGGGCGCGACGCCGCUGCUCGGCGCGUGGACCGACCGCGUCCUCGUGCACUACCUGCGCGCCAUCCUCGCGAGGGAGGAGGAGCGGGAGGGGCGCGAGCAGGGGGAGAUGCGCGGUAGCGGGCCGAUAUGUGUGACCAAGCGCGCUGGUAGCGUGAUUUACCUCACACCCAUGGUCGAGGCGGAGAAGCGCGGCAAGGGCAAGAAGGGCAAGAAGAAGAAGAAGAAGGGCGGCGGGAGCGGCGCCGCUGGGCCGUCGCAGGAGCCCGAGGCGGCGGCGGAGGGUGCGGAGGCGCCAUCAGAGGGUGCCGAGGUGUUGUCGGAGGCAGCCGCAGCCGAGGCCGCAAAGAAGGCCGAGGAGGCGAGAUUGAUCAGGCUUCUCGAAAGCAGCGGCUUUAGCUGA